UCAUGUCUUUCCUUGUGACAUUGUGUGUCGUCUCUCCACAAGAAAAGUUUCAAACUGUUGCUCCAUCGACAUCUGCAUAAAAGUACGAACACUUAAAAAAUAGUGUUAAAUUUUGAAUCACGAAGUUACAGUUGGAUGGCGAUUUGGUCUUCACAACAGCUACAUGACAUCACAAAGAAAUGUAAGAAGCUGUGCCACCAGAAUAAAGACAAAGUCGAGACGCCAUUUUGGCGGAGUCACACAGUCGUUUGCUAAAAUGCUCAGACAACACGCAGCACCACUGAGUGCUCCGGCUGCUGUCAGAACCGAGCCACCGGGCCAUGCUCCCGAAAGCCCGUGUCACUCACCUGGGUGUCCGACGGAGGCGAGCCGAACAGUCCGCCUGACCCUCAGCCUGUUCGAGCCGGACGACCGGAACUUCCCUGAGUUCUGCUACAGCCAGCUGGUCGAAGACAAGGAAAGAGCUGAGAAGCUGAAGGAAAACGAAACGCGGCUGACUCAGUUUGAAGAAGAAGAGAAACGUGAAAACGAUGAACUGGCAGAAAUCGCUCGGAAGCUGGAGCAGAAAUAUGGGAGCAAACCCAAAAAGAAAAAGGAUCGUGUUCAAGACCUGAUCGAUAUGGGAUUCGGUUACGAUGACGAGGAUUCUUUCAUUGACAACUCUGAGGCCUAUGACGAGUUUGUGCCGUCGUCCAUCACAACAAAAUUCGGUGGCUUCUACAUCAAUUCUGGAGUGUUGCAGUUCCGCGAUGUUUCAGAUACAGAGAGCAACAGCGCUCCAGCCGAGGAGGGAGCGCACAAGAAAAAACGCAAACUCAACGGGCAGAUGAGGCCGAAGAACAAAAGGUGUAAAAGCGAGGAAACUGAUGAAGUGCAACGUCCAAAAGCCAACGCCGAGAUCCGACCCGGAAUUGGGCUGAAAAAGAAAAAAAAGAAGAUGACCAGCACUUUGAGCGUCACCAACAUGCUGAAGAGGUUUCAGCGGGAAAAGGAACAUAAGCACCAGAGGCUGGAGAAGGCGUCAGAUGCCGGCAGAACUUUGAUGCCCAUCGGACCCGCGGAUGCAGGCGGGGGCGGUGACCCGAUUCUCAGUCUGCUUGGGUCCACGAAUGACCAGGAGCUGAUCAAGGCGGCCAGCACCGUGGACUUUGACAUUGACCUGGACACUCUACUUAAUGUGACCGAGGGCAUCUCCUCGCCCAGCUCUCAACCAGGGAGUGAUAAAACAGAGGAUCAGAACCAAGCGAGCACCGUGUUUGAAAUUCAAGCUCAGCCUGAAGACGACCUGCCGGAAGGUUCUUCUGUGGAAACGCAGGUUCUCCAGUCCACUCUGUCUCUGCCAGAGGGGCUUCCACCUGAGCUGGAGGACAACAUGAGGAAACUCCUGAGGGCAGCUAAGACUUCAGAGGGAGCAUCAAAGCUGAAGUUCUUCACCCCAGAAAUCAACACCGUCCUGCUUGAUGUUGAGUUGCAGUGUCAGCAGAAUGGGCCGCUGCGCUCCAGAGUCUACUCUCACCUGUCUUCCUACCUGCCCUGCAGUCGAGAGACGCUGCUCAAACGUGUCAGGAAACUGCUGCUCAAACGUUCUGAGAAGCUGUCUGAUGCGAUAGACCCCGUGCAGAGGCUCAAGGAGGCCAUCGCCAGAUCCAUGCCGGACCAGAUCGCGUCUUUUCAGGAGAGUUGUCAAGCUUUCAAGCAAGCCAAGGUGUUAAAGGAGAUGGAGGACAAGGAUGACAAUGUGGAGCAGAAGGCAGUCAAGCGAAGCGGCCCGAGGAAGUUGUUCAAAUGGAACGAGGAGAUCAGGGAGUGCUUGCGCGGGGUCAUCAGAGCGAAGAUGGAAUUGUUUAAGAGUGAAAAUGCAGGGUCACAAGAGACGGAGGAGGCCCUCAAAGUCCUGAUUGAAAAUCACGUCAAACCUCUCUGGCCUAAGGGAUGGAUGCAGUCCGGAGCGCUGAUGAGAGAAAGCAGGAAGGCGACGGAACUCUUUGCUUCGUGUCAAGCGAAAAGGUCCAGGUUUGACAAGAAGCAGUCGUCCAUGAGUGACGCCUCUUUGUCAGACACUUGCGUGGUCCGGCAGGGGUCUCCACCUCUGGGUCUCCCUCAGGACAGCCCCAGUGUUUUCCUUAAAGACCCUGCUGUCCCCGCCUUGACGUCCCAGCCGGCUCCAGUGGCUCCCCUCGCUGCCUCGCGUCACCUGGGAGACGGCAACGCUUCAGAACCCGACACUUCUGCUGACAGGACUAACACUGUGGGAGAGUUGGAGAGAGAAGAACUUGCUCAAGGGCACGGCCUGCCUCCCACUCAAGGGGUUCUCAUGGCAGCACUUAGUAAAUACAGGCUUGCUGCUCAUCCAGUCAAGUUUGCCACAGACCUGCAGAGUCCUCCCUUUCCUCCUCCACCUCCGCAGUCGAGCCCCAUCAACUUCCCCGAGUGCCAGAGUGCACCGGCUAUGCCACCAAGUCACCUCUCCAGGCCUGGAAAUGGUGGCAAGAUCGCAGACAUUGUGAUCAUAGACUAGUGAGCAUGAGAGGUGAGCACAUGAAUGUUGCAUUUGUGACAGGACUGAAGUAAAUGACUACACAAGUAACCACACACAACAGUAUACGUGAAGUGAAAUGUUCUGGUCUGUGCUAAUAGGUUCACUUUGGCUUGGUAGUUGCUCCCCUCAACCGGAGUAAAAAAGUGAAGCCAAAUGAUGCAUGGUUGUGUUCAUACUUGGCAGCACACAGUGAUGCAUUUCCAUUUCUUCCAGGUUCUCACAGACCAGGAGGAUGAUGGCGUUAAACAGGUCACCUCCAGGUCUUCUUGAAGACCUCUCAAUCCAAGUUGCUUCUGUUCAAGCUUGGUUUGAACUUCUUUAGAAAUGCAUUGAUAAAUAAUAAAGUCGCAGCAUGUUGUUUAAUCUUU